CUCUCUCUCUCACUGUCACUGUCACUGUCACUCUCUCUCUCUCCUCCUCUCUCUCUCUCUCUCUCUCUCUCUCUCUCCCCUCUCUCUCUCUCUCUCUCUCUCUCUCUCUCUCUCGCUCUCUCUCUCUCUCCCUCUCUCUCUACGGCACACCAAGACAUCCAUGAGUGGGACCAACAGCUCUGCUUACCGAUCGGAGCGCAGUUUCCACCAAACGUCUUCCUCCUCCUCCACCAAUCCCUACAUGGAGAAGAGCAGAGGACUUUUUGCGGAGGACUUUGGAUCUUUCAUGCGACCUGGAAAUGAUGCCUUGGGAUUUCCCAGUCGACCAGGGGCAGCAGGGAACAUCAAGACCCUUGGAGACACGUACCAGUUCACAGUGGAUGUCCAAGACUUCUCCCCCGAAGAUGUUAUCGUCACCACCUCCAACAACCAGAUUGAAGUCCGGGCAGAGAAGUUGGCAGCUGAUGGUACAGUGAUGAACACGUUCACCCACAAGUGUCAACUGCCAGAGGAUGUCGACCCCACCUCAGUGACAUCAUCCCUGGAGGCAGAGGGAGCACUGACAGUUAGGGCUCGCAGGAACCCUUCCAAACAUGAGCUCACUCAGACCUUCCGCACUGAGAUCAAGAUAUAACCCAGCUCUCCUUUAACUCCCUUUGUCCCUGUAUUUUGUUAGUUACUUCCUGGAUUCCUUCACAAAUAAUGCCAACUUUCGACACAUUGUGUGGCUUUCUUGCAGUUCGAAGACUAGCCUUACAUUAUAGGCUACCACUUACUAUUAAUUAAAUUAAUAUUCACGAUGAAUUUGUCAUUAGAGCAACUUCACCUCAAUAUCACCACACAUGCACUCACAACUCCUGUUUGAAAAAUUGGUUUGACGUUAUUAAGAAAGUACUUACCACAAAGUCUUGUUGACUCAGUCAUUUUGUGAACAGUUGGUUUUACUCAACUCUCUGUAUAAUGAUGAAUUAUUGUACAUUUAAGUCUGAAUAAAUAUUGCCUGUUUUGACAAUAAAAAAA